GCUUACUUUAGAUACCUCCUGACAGAACGAAAGCACCUUCGCAGGACCUGAUCAAUAAUAAUAUUAUUGGAAACAACGCGAGCGCACACGACCAAAGUAAAACUCGAAGGGUUAGCUUUCACAUAAAUAUCCUCGCCUGCUUCAGUGUAAGGCUUUGCAUUGUUGUAAGUUCUCUAUCCACCACAGUUCCAAACGCCUGUGAUUUUCAUAUCCCUAUCUACCCCUUACAUACACCCAUCUUUUCCCAAUCGCGAUCAUGCCAGCACCGAGACCAACCAAAUACCCAAGCAGCGGCAGUGGUCGUCAGCCUACUGCUGCAGAGAAGGCGUUGGUGGAAGGGGAAGCGCCUGAACUCAAAGGGAAGCAAUGGCUCGUUCUCAUACCCUCGAGUGACAGAAACUGGGUAUGUUGGCAUUGGGCGCUAGACGUAUUGCCAAAACCUAUUGAAUUCCCACCCGAUUGGAAUGUACCACCAAGUGGCAAUUCGUGGCUCUCAGACGAGUUGUGGGAUGAUGAAAAAGUUCUCAUCCAGCGUGGUGAGUGCUCGAGCUUUCGUCGGCGAACGGACAUGGCAAAAACAGAGAUUCUUCAGCAUCCAGAGGCUGAAGUUCGCUUCUUGAGAUACAUUGAUCGCUCCGUCUUCUGUCUACCGACCUCGCAGUAUAGUGUUGUACAGACUAACUUGACACGUGUAGUCACGGAGCUCGGCUUCACACAGACGAAAAACGCAGACGAAGCAGACGUCGACUGUUUUUACUCAAGCAGAACAGGUCGUUUUGAGCACUUCAGUCGCAAGGUCGACGGCUUUUGGACUUGCAAGUUGGGAAGCGGACCAGUUAUCGUACACCCUCGCGACGUUUUCGACGGCGGCGAUUACGGUACCCGGAAGAUCUUCUUCAAAUACGGUAGCGGAACCGCUGCAGUGAGCAGUUUCUCAAUUGCGGACACGGUCGGGACCAUGGCGUCCCCAGCCCAUAACAGUUUGACAUCUGAGGACGAUGAGCUAAUCCAGAGUUUCGCAAAUCUGGCCAAGAAGCCAGCGCCUGUCCCCAAAGCGCCGAUCAAAAACUCAACUCCACCGAAGGCAGCUCCAGCAAAGCCAACUCCAGCAAAGCCGACUCCAGCAAAGACGACUCCAGCAAAAACGACUCCAGUAAAGACGACUCCAGCAAAGCCGACUCCAGCAAAGACGACUCCAGCAAAGCCGACUCCAGCAAAGCCGACUCCAGCAAAACCAACACCCGCUCCUGGUACUACCAAGCCGACGCCUCCUCCUGCGCAAGAUAACAAGCUCAAACAGGACUUCGACCAAAAUUGGAAAUCUUUCCUAGUCGCUAUGGAGAAACCCACUAAAUAUUCUAAUCCAAAAUCAGUGCUUCAAUUACCAGAAUGGCAAAAGAUUAAGAAACAAGGUCAAGGUGUUCUUCCCUUCCUCGUGGACUUGCUACGCACCGGAAAGAAUACGUCUGCCCUUAUAGUAUGCAUAUUCGAUCUUGAUCCCAAGCAGGCGAUCAAGGGAACAGCCGAACAAAAGUUGAUUCAUAUCAUCAAAAGCAAUGCGGCUAAGACGAAGCAGAUCAGUGCCCAGAUGGGCGCUGUCUCCGUGCAAUCCAACAGCCUCCUGCAGGCCGGCUUUGAGGGCGCCAAGCUCACUGCCAAGCUGCUAAAUGACCCGAUAUUCCACCAGAUCGUCAGCGAGGGCAUCGCUGCGGUGCCGCACAUCCUGGACGCCUACUCCAAGGACGGCAAGCAUGGGGUCGAGCUGUACACCGAGAUGCUCAAGCAAAUCUACGAGAUCCAUGCAAAGAAGACCACCCCUGACGCCCAGAAGCAAGAGUUUGAGGAGUGGCUCGAGCAAUAUCUCCAGCCUCAGACUGACUCCGAGCAGCACGACGAAUCGGAGCCAGCUGCAGAUGAAGUGCAAGAAGAGGCACCAGAAGAGGCCUCUGCUCCAGGAGCCGAAGAACCAACAUCAGAAGAGGCUGCUGCGAAUGAAUAGUACGCUCCAUUCAAGCAAGGAAUCGCAGUCAUCAUCAAGUUGUGUUGGAUUUGAUUGAAAGUCCAAAGAAAUUUGUUAUUCCAUGUCUUUGGCAAGUACAAAAUAGUUUGAUUCGGCGAGACUAUUAUCUCUCCUGUUACAUUCUUUUAGUAUCACAUUAGUUAUUGUUUGCUUGUACUUCGGCGGUAGGCUGAAAUGCCUAAUUUGUCUAACACACGUUCAUUCAGUUUUAUACUUGAAAUACAUCAUAUUUACCAGGGAAGCUUCGUUGUCGCACCUAUUAUCUUAACGCCACGAAUAAUAAGCCUUAUUUAAACAGAUCUAUACUAAAAUC